UCCGAUGGUGACGCGCUACGGCGAAUCUACGGCACGCCACUUGUGACCAAGAUCAUCACAAGCGGAGGAGGACGGCUCCCCCCAUCCGAUAGCCCUAGAGCAGAUGAGCUGAUUCAUUUUAUGGGAACUGUGCUUAGCACCAUCUUCAUUAAGGAUGGAUGUUGAAAAAAAUCAGAAGAAUUAUGAAGGUGAUGAGAGUGUAGAAAACAAAUUAGUACAAGAAGCUGCUAAAAAUGUUUUAGCUGAAAAAGCUCACAGUGAGAGUUUCUCUACCUCUGAAAUAAGCACAUUUUCAACUGAAGAACAGAAAAACCCAGGGAAAAAGGUGGAAGAGAAUGGCGCAUCCAAACGGCAAUUAUCCAGAUCAGUUCACGAAGACCUUACUGAAACAAAUGUGCUUGAAAAUGAACCUGUCCCCAAAAAAUUAAAGUUGAUGGCCUCAAAACAUGCUGGAGAUACUGAAGCCAAACCAGUUACUCCUACAAAGUGUGAAGAUGUUGAAGGAAUAGGUAAAACAACAGGUGAAACUAUGGAAGGGGUAGCUAUAAAUGCCUGUCCCAGUAGUGCAGCAUUUAUUUCAGAUGCUUUAUGUGUGCAGCAUGAUUGUACGCCUGAACGUGAUAAUACAGUAAAGGAAUUACAUGCGAAGAGUGAACAUUCCCAAGGUGAUCCAGUGCGUCUUCCAGAAUGCACACCAUCUUUUCUAGGUGAUGAAACCAGUGUGACCAGUAGUAAUGAACAUGUUUCAAAGUGCAAACCCUGUGAUGAGACCUUUUCUACUGAUCCUGAUUUGGAAAAGCAUAUUGAGGAAAGCCACCUUAAAGAAUCCAAAGAGCAUGUGAACCCACAUUGUACAAAUAAAAUAGAACACAGCCCAUCUUUGCACAUGCAUGUCAAGCAGACUUCUGGACAUCUUAGAUAUUUCUGUGAUCUUUGUGGCUUUCAGUCUUUUGAAGAAGAUCACCUGCGUGCACAUUUUCUUGGCAAAACACACCUCCGGCGGCAAAACCUUGCUGCCCGUGGAGGAUUUGUAAAGAUAUUAACAAAAAAACCCUUUCAUAAAAGACAGCAAUUUUCAGUCAAAGAAAAGAAUGUGAGAACAAAAUCUGCACUUAACAAACCAAAAACAAAAAGUGCCAUUUUGAAUCAACUCAGGCUUUCAAGUAAUACGUUGAAGAACUUGAAAGAAAACUGCCAGCUUUUUGUUGAAAGGAUACCAUCAAAAAAUAUCUCCACAGAGGUAGCUGAGAACAUUACCAGUGAAGAAGCAUCUCUCUGCAAUGUGGGUGGAAACGGUGAAGCUCAGCCUAAAAAGCUAGAUGUUUUAGGAUCUUCCGAAUGCAAUCCAGAAGUAUUGGAACCUGCUAAAAGUAGCCAAGAGACAGUAAGCACUGUAUAUACCACAGAGACAUUUGAUAAGUUUCACCUUAAAAGGAACCUCUUAUCCCGAAGAAUAGCUUUCAAACAGAGUGGUUCUUUCAGAUUAAACCAGCAGAUUAAAAGACGAUAUAAUCUGUUGGGUAUAGGUAAAAGGAGCAAGUCUGACUCCAGCUUAAAGCACAACAUUAGGGCUGGGUUCAGUCAGGGUGAUUUAUCACAGGUCAAAGCUUUACAAACGGAAGGUGAUGUUAACACUUUAUGCAAAGCUGCUUCAGAAAUGCAAGCACUUAAUCCAGAUGGAAUGAAUGAAUGUUCUUCCGUCACCCCAGGGCCCGAGCAUUCUCCAAAGAAAGCUGUUGAUGUCCAGAAGACUCUGCAUCCUUAUACUCACUGUGGAUGUACUUUGCCAAACACAGAAGGUCUACAGUUGGGCGUUGACACAGUCCGUGCUGAAGAGCAUAAAUUUGAUUGUCAAAUAUGUGGCUAUUCUUGUGUAACCAGAGAGGACCUUGAACUGCACUGCCAAAAGAACAGCCAUCGUAUAGGUGAUGGCAGGAUAAAUUGUACCCAGUGUUCAUUUGUUGCCCUAAAUGACAUAAGCCUGGGGAAACACGUAAGUGAUAAGCACAGUAUGUCCCACUACUGUGUUACUUGCCACCAGUAUUUUCUAACAGAAGAAGAAAUGGCAGCUCACAACACAACUGAACAACAUAUUAACUUAUUACCUCAAGAACAUACUGUUUGGCCACUGAACAGUGACUUGAGUUUGCAAACAGCAUCUGUUCCUGAAGUAGAAUCAAGUGUUCUUCCAAAGGUCAUAGAACUUAAACUACAACAAGAAAUCCCCAAGCCAUCUGUGACACACCCUGGUAAUGAGUUCAAGGAGUCGGUCCUGAGCAGAGCUGGAUUUCAGUGUAAAAAGUGUUUUUAUAAAACAAGAUCAUCUUCUGUUCUUACAAGACAUAUAAAACUUCGACAUGCACAGGAAUAUCAUUUCCUUUGUAAGGCAUGUAACCUUUAUUCAUUGAGCAAAGAAGGAAUGGAAAAGCACAUCAAAAGAAGUAAACACCUUGAAAAUGCUAGAAAACAUAAUAUUGGUUUGCGCUUUGAGGAAUGUAUUGAAAGGGUAUGUGUAGGUGCAAAUGAUGGUAAAAAAGUGGCAGAGCCUUCAGUUUAUGGGAGUUUAAAGAAUGUAGCUGGAAAUGAAAGUAUACACGUUCCCUUCUCCACAUUGGAGAAUGUAUCAGUAAAUAAGGAGAUGUUUCCAUUAAGUGAAGGCAUUAAAGGCAGUGAGUCGGGAUUGGGUAGUAUACAGAAGAGAGGGAGACCUAAAGGUACUAUUUCUCGAACAUGCCCACAUUGUGGUUUAUUGGCAUCCAGCGUUACAAAUUUGACUGUUCACAUUCGACGAAAGCAUAGUCACCAGUACAGCUAUUUAUGUAAAAUAUGCAAUUAUUAUACUGUUACUAAAGGUGACAUGGAACGGCACUGUGCUACAAAGAAGCAUAAAGGCCGUUUGGAAGUUAAUGGUGGGGAAAAGUUAGAGAUCAUUGUUUGCCCAGAAGGAGGUAACAUUGAAGCCAGCAUCAAGAAGAUAAAUAGUCUGAGAGGUACUUUGAAUGAACCUUUUGAGCAUGGCAAUCAGUCUCCACCUUUGGACAAUAGUAUUUCGGGAAGCCAGGGAGAUGAUCACAGUAGUACAGUGCAAGUCCAAGUUGGAAAUGCAGUUCACCUUUCUGACAGAGACAGGAACUCUUCAGAAGUAAAAGAGUAUAUAAAUGCAGAGCCAGGUAACAUUAGUCAAGACAGAGAUUCAUUGAUUCAAGCAAGAUUUGCAAGUGCAAGCGAUAACAAGUGUGCUCAUUGCAACUUCGUUGCACAUUCUUUUUCUUCUCUGGAAGUGCAUAUAAAACGUAAACACACUAAAGAAUUCGAAUACUAUUGCAUGGCCUGCGACUAUUAUGCAGUUACUCGCCGUGAGAUGAUGAGGCAUGCUACAACGGAGAAGCAUAAAAUUAAAAGACAAUCAUAUAUAGGUGCAUCUUCUGGAGAGGAGAUGGAUGAAUCUAACAUUGCCAAAGAAACUGCUGUUGUGUCUCAAGAAGAACAGCACCCCUCAGAAGAAUUUCAGAUUAUACUGGGUGAUACAGAGUAUAAAAACAUUGAAGGGAAAAGUCUAGAAGAGCAGGCCACUCAAAAAGCAAAGGACAUACCUAAUUAUUUAGCUUCAGAAGAUAGUACCACUUCAAAAAUUUGUAAAGAAGGUUCAGUCUUUGAUGCUGAGACUGAAGAUGGAGCUGAAAAUGGUAGAGAGAAUGCAGGUAAACACACUGUUCACGAAGACGAAGGUGUUAAAAUUAAUGAGAUGAUCACAUUUAAAGAAAAAGAUGAUUGUGUUCUGCAGGAAAAUACAGGUGAUAAAGAAACAGUCCAGGGGCAUUUUCAUUUUACAGCAGAAACUGGAAACAAGAACAGAGCUUUUGACAAAAAUCCCCUUAAUUCAAAUGUGAUAGACAAUAAGAACACCUUUGAGGAAGACAUUGGAAAAGGACAUGAAAGUACUGAGGUAUCUGCUGAGGAAGUGAAAACAGAUAAAACCCAUUUGCCUAUACUUUCAGAAACAUGUAGCAUACUAAAGCAGCAAACAAUGGAUGAAAAUACUGAAAGAACUAUCCAAAAUAUGCAUAAUUUAGAGGAACAGGAACGCAUCCAGCAAAAGUCUGCUGUAAUGGAAGAGGAUACCCUAAUACAUGCACAACAGGAAGCUGAAGCAUCUUUAAAUAAUAUUUGGGGUUCAGCUAGUUUAAUAGUGGAAGGUGUGCAAGAAAGUAAUGAAGGUUUGGAGGCUUUCACCAGUGCUGGCAGCAGGGUCAAAGAGGGUCAGUUUGAUUCCUCUAUAGUGAAGCUAAAAAGCCAGGAAGAUUGUUUUGAGCCAGUCGUCAUUGCUGAGGGACAGAGUCCAAGUGGCCCUAAGGUCAGUGACAGAGCCAUGAAAACGGAUGUCCCACAGGGUGGUGGGAAGAAGAAGAAAGCGGAAGGACAUUCUGCUGGGGAAUCUCCUCGUAUACGCUGUGAUGACUGUGGUUUUUUAGCAGAUGGUUUGAGUGGAUUAAAUGUUCACAUAGCCAUGAAGCAUCCUUCAAAAGAGAAGCAUUUUCACUGCUUGCUGUGUGGGAAGUCAUUUUACACUGAAAGCAAUCUCCACCAGCACCUGGCUAGUGCUGGCCACAUGAGAAAUGAACAAGCAAGUGUUGAAGAACUGCCGGAAGGGGGUGCCACUUUUAAAUGUGUUAAGUGCACAGAGCCUUUUGAUUCUGAACAAAAUUUAUUUCUCCACAUCAAAGAACAACACGAAGAACUGCUCCGGGAAGUCAAUAAGUACAUCGUUGAAGAUACUGAACAAAUUAACCGAGAGAGAGAAGAAAACAAAGGCAAUAUUUGCAAAUAUUGUGGGAAGAUGUGCAGAAGCAGUAAUUCCAUGGCCUUUCUAGCUCAUAUUCGUACUCAUACAGGAUCAAAGCCAUUCAAGUGCAAGAUUUGCCACUUUGCAACAGCUCAGCUAGGAGAUGCCAGAAACCAUGUCAAGAGGCACCUUGGGAUGAGGGAAUACAAGUGUCAUGUCUGUGGGGUGGCAUUUGUCAUGAAGAAACACUUGAAUACUCAUUUACUGGGGAAACAUGGAGUUGGUACACCAAAAGAAAGGAAAUUUACAUGCCCUUUGUGUGACAGAAGUUUUACAGAGAAGUGGGCAAUGAACAACCAUAUGAAACUCCACACAGGAGAAAAGCCAUACAAGUGUACAUGGCCCACGUGCCAUUAUUCCUUCCUCACAGCAUCAGCCAUGAAAGAUCACUACAGGACACACACAGGCGAGAAGUCAUUCCUCUGUGACCUUUGUGGCUUUGCUGGCGGGACACGUCAUGCCCUCACCAAGCAUCGGAGGCAGCACACAGGAGAGAAACCAUUCAAAUGUGAUGAAUGCAACUUUGCUUCCACAACCCAGUCCCAUCUGACACGGCACAAGCGUGUCCAUACUGGAGAAAAACCCUACAGAUGCCCUUGGUGUGACUACAGAUGCUCUGGUGUCUGUUAGAAUUCUCUGUGGAUGGACUCCUGAUCUGAACUGCCUUUUCAGAUCAGCUGCAGUUUUGGAAAAAAAAAAUCUUGGUUGAGUUGCAGCCAUGACACUAAAGAAGAAAAUCCCCCUAAGAAUUAAACCAGCUCGUUGUCCACUAAGUAUUUUAAAUUGAAGCACCUGCCUGUCACUUCAGUAACACUGAUUCUGGUUUAUUUGCUACAGGGUUGGUUUUUUUUCCUUGUGGUUGCAGGGAAAAUAUUCUUCAUGAUUCAUAGCCAGGAAUGGAUAUUCUUUUCUUAAUUAGGGAAGGGGAUUGAAUGGCUGUGGUUUGCUACCUUUCAAAUGAGAUAUUGAAACACAGCUUGUCCUUUAUGGAUGUUAGAGGUUACUUCUUGCAUGAAUGGAAAUUUUAAUCCCAGUGUAUUCUUGCUAAUCUCACAUUAAUAUUUGUACCUUUGUCUUGUUUUAAAUCUACCCAGGAAGGUUCAUUGUAAUGUUGCAUCACAGAGACUAAAGCCUUCACUCCCACUCUCCCAUUUUCAGUGUGACAGUAAACUGGAUUAUUAUUAAGAUUACUGUUCUCAUUUGUUGUGUAUCUCCUGUUAAUAUGGCUGGAGAAAAGAAGUUGGCAGGAAAUUUGUUGGUUGCUGUAGAAUUUAACCUAUCCUAAGUGAAAGUAGAGCCAGCUUUUCAGUAUGUAUUUUGCAUGCUGCAAUGAAAUUUUGGCAUUGUAAAAUCUCACUUCAGGCAUAACAUUGACUUGUUUUAAGUCACCAAUAUACCUUUAUUAAACAGCUACUAAUUCUACAACAGCAGCGUUACACAGUUUGCCAACUUCCCAUUGAUUUGUUUUGUUUCGUCUUGUUCGUCUGUUCGGCAAAAUAGCAGAAGGAAGGGAGCAGAAUCAAGGAUUUUUAGAAAAUUUUCCACAACAAUAGAUAAGAAAUUAAUCAGCCAGACCUGCAAAUUGCAUUAAUUUUAUAAAUGCACCUUUCUUUAAAAAAAAACCCAAAAAACAAGUCACAUGUGAAGGAUAUCCUACAAGCCUAAGUAUAAAUGGCAUGCAUUUUUAAUAUAAUUAUGUAAACUAAAAUACAAUAUUUUACAUUUAUUAUGCAUAAUAAACUAAUUAAACAAUGCUUGGUAAGGGAUUUUAGCCUCUGACAUCAAGUGCGGAAGGAUUCAUUGUGUGGAUUCAGCAGCACCAGCAUUCUGACUAAGGUAGAGUGACUCUACUGAGACCACUUUUCUCAUUUUGGACAGCUUCCCUAGGGAAUUCAUAGUUCCUUUUUAUUUUCUUUCUGCUCAUAUUUGUAAAAUAAGGACCCAUUUAUAAUAUGCUCUAGUAUGUGCUACAAUGUAAUUAAGAUCAGAACCAGGAUGUAGGUGUUCCUUUCAAACUAAAUAAUCUAUCAGAUACUUUGAUACCUCAGCAAAUGCAGUACUGCCUGUUGUUUCUUAGUCUAGCAGAGCAAAUGUUCCAAGUUGCUGAUUAUGCAAUUAUUGCUGUGUUUGCAUAAUUCUUCAUCAGAAGCGCACACACAAAACUACUAAUUUUCACGGGGGGACCAUAUGAAAUGGACAGUGCCGAAAAAUGUGUGUUGUUAAUCUCCAUAAUUAGCUAUUUAACAUGUAAUGGCAGCUUGGAUAACAUCUCACCUUGUUUACAAAAAAAUGGGAGACUACCAACCUCCACUUCUUUACAAAACAGUGUAAGUUUAUCAACUCCUAGGCAGGAUGUUGUAUAAAUGAUUGAGCUCAGGGGCCACUACUUGCUAAUAGAGACUAGUUACUUUGCAACCGCACUGGUGAAGUAGAUGUCAGAGCAAAAUUAAUGGGAAAUGGGUCUCCCACAAUGGGAGACAAACUACUUGAACAUAUUUACACUGAAAUCAAUUGGCUGAUACUUCCAAGUAAUGUGGAAAUUACUUACUAAUUAAUUAUGUAGCUGUAUAUGUAGCUAUAUAGCUCAUUGCUGCACGCCACAGAAAACUGCAAUGCGGAUGAAGAUUCAAAGCACGACAUGUGACAUGAGUGCAGAAAUGUGCAUUUUAGUUCACCCUUUCUGCUGACAGUCCACCUUCAGACUUAUUGCCUCCAUUUGUCAGGCCUAUUAACUAGUAAACUGCCCAAGUAGUUAAACGAUGAGGCAUCUUAUAGAAUCCAUCUCAGAGCUGGGGAUGAGUGAUCACUGGACCUUCAUCAACAAAGAACAAAAGAUUCAGGCAUGUGGGGAGGGGCCAAAGGAGAUACUCUAUUGGGAAAGGAAAUCUGGGGUCUUUUUUCCCUUGGUACUAGUGUUACCAGGAAGUACAAGCACUUGAUACAGGCAUCAGAUGAGAUUAGAGCAAGGUCUAUUUUCUGGUAGAGAUGGUACUCUGUAAGUUUCCCUGGAAGAGAUGGAAGACUUGACAAAAGCAACAGGGAACUGCACCAAGUAGACUGCCAGACAGGCAGACUCAGGGGGCCAGCUUUAACACAGAGCUGAGUUAGCUAGACUGCAUUUUUUGUUUAUUUGUCAUUUGUCCCGUAAUUGCCAUUUUAAAACAUUUAUUGUUUGCACCCUGAAACUGACCAGCCUUUUUGCAUUCUUGAAUUUUUGCUGAAUCCCUAAUGAAUCUUUUACCCCUUUUCACCAAAAUCUGGGCUGUGUCUUUCGGGGGUGAAAUGGGAGCGAAGGCUCACAGAGGUGUGUGCCAUGUUUUUGGCCACAUGAACACUGAUUUAACAGUGCUGAGCAAAGCCGUAAUCCAAGCCGAGCUCUUCUCAGGACACAAGAGGUCUGUAAUGAAUUCAAGUACAUGAGACCCAAGCAGGGUCCUUGGUCAGUUAUUCCCAAGGAAACAAGAGAACUCAGGGAUGGAAGAGACUAGAUUUGUUUUACCCUUGGAGGUAGUAGCUGGUACCAGUUGGUUGUGCGGCACCAGGCCUUGUGCCCAUAGCUGGGGUGCCUGGUUGUACCAGAUCACUACAGAUGGUGUUCAUGGACUUAAUGCUAUCUGGAAAAGCUUAGGCAAUGGUGAUGCCAAUUAUGGCUUUUAGGCCAGUUGGAGCCUUGAGUGACUACUGGCCUCAGAUACCAAUGCACUAGUUACUUUCAUGCUGGACUAAUGUAAUUCACUUUACAUGAAGCUACCUUUAAAAUAUGUUCAAAAACUUUAACUUUUCAUUUCCAUUUUUGACUUUUCUUCAGCUUCCCUAGGAUGAUAAUUUUAUGGUGGGAGAUAGUGAGAGGGGUUGCACAGAGGAAGAUAAUAAAGUGCAGGGGUUUUAUGUUGUACUUUCUGUUUUGAACAGGGAGAAAACUUAGAUGUAUCAGAACAUCAACUUCUGCAGAGUUCUGAGUUCUCUAUCUUACAUUCUUCUUGCCCUUCUCUCUUAUUUCACAACUUUUACUCGCUACUCUUUUUUGUCACCUAUUAUUGGAGGAAUUAUAUAU